AUGCGUCAGGUCCAGGGUGGGCUUAACGAACAGGGGCCGUCUGGCGGCCCUACCUCUGGGACGCUGAAUUUUUUUUUGGCCUCUGGAGAGCGCCAUCCCCAAAGCUACGCUGAUCGCAUGAAGGGCAGGCCAGUGGGCCCGCACCAGCCGGCCUCGGUGCCCGUGUACGCCCCAAGUAAGACGCCGCGUCUUCUGCAGUUUGUGGAUAUGACGACGAACAAAGCUGGAAUAACGCCGUUUUUUUCGCUGAACAGUGACACUGCAGAUGCGGGUGGAAACAACCCCGUGGAGGACACUGAGGAAGACGCUGAGGGGGAGGAGGCAAAGACGCACGCGUGUAUGCAUCCAUUACAGGGGCGAGAGACAAAGGAAGAGCCCAGGGUAAUGGAAAAUCAGGCGCUACAAGCUUGCCUCGCAAUGAAUACGCCAAUGCAACAAAAGCAAUCCGUGCAUGUAGCAUUUGGCACGAACACUCCUUCUUCCGCAAUGGGAAUGACACUGUCACCCGCCACGGCUGUCCGCAGUGUGGUUCAAACCACGCCUUCCACUGUGGCACGCUCUAACGUCCACGCGGGGACUGUUUCUCAGCGAAUUCAAAGGAAUUUAAAUGCAGUGACUAUGCUUGGUGGAUCCAGUUCCCUUGCCACUGAGUUGGAGUCUGCAUUUGCGGAGCACAAUAAAAAGAGGCACCCAGGGGCCAAACCAAACCACCAAGAGGAGGUCGAAACGUCGCUUUGUACGGCUGAUACGGACACAACACAAAGUAUGGGGUGCGCGCCUCCUGACACUAAGCCGCAGCGGAGGCCUGACGCCGAGCGUAUGGAUUCUUCCACUCAACGGCGCAAUAAAGAAAAACGUCGUGGCAAAUCCAAGAACAAUUCCCAACCGCCCUUACAGCGGCAAAACAUCAACGCCAACAACAAAACCACUAACCGUGCAGGCCCUGCGUCCCCUGCAUUACAGGAGGAAAUUUUGCCCACUAAGGAUAACAAAAAGUACAGCUUGCGCUUACAAUGCCAUGGUAAUCACACAAACACGGCGUUUUCGGGCAAGGAAUUCCACGUCGGCGACCAUGUCAUUUUUGAGGCAGACCGUGGCGUUGAUUUGGGGCAGGUUGUUCACUGUGAGGAUACAACGAAGGAGUCAUCCUCCCUAGCAUCCGAUGCAGACGCUGCUGCUGGGGGUACCGGGGCAAAGGAUGGUGGCCAUGGCCCCGCGGCGCACGUUGUGCGCUGCGCGACGCCGGAGGAGGUGGAGGACUGGAAGGGGAACCUCGUGGCGAAGGAGGCGGAGGCUGUGGCAGAAUGCAGUGCAGCCUGCGAGGACCUCGGCCUCGCGAUCCACGUCUCGGACGCCGCCUUUCAGUUCGACCGGCAGAAACUCAUCUUUUUGUAUGAGACCGAUGAGCGCGUGGACUUCCGCUCGCUGCUGCAGGUGAUGUUUUCAAAGUUCCGCUGCCGCAUUUGGAUGGAACGCACCAACGCCGCCUCAUGA